AUGAGAACGACAUCUGAUAUUGAAGAAUCCGAUUCUGAAAUUGAUAUUGGACAAAAUAUUGCAUUAAAUUCUGAUAGUAGUAGUGAUAGUGAAAGUGAUAAUUCCUCUGAAACUGAAGUUCAAGAUGAAAUUGAAUAUUCAGAUAACCAAGAAGAAGAAGUGAAAGAGGACAAACGUACAGAUAAAGAAAACAAUACAAAAAGCAAAAAUGAUUUCCCUCAAUUAGAUGGUAAUGUUGAAGUGGAAAGUGAUGAUGAUGAUAUAAAUGAUUAUUUUGCCACUACACAUCUUGAUACCAAGAAAUUUAAAAAAGGUAGUUUUGCCAGUUUUGGGUUUAAUCGUUUUAUUAUGAAUAAUAUUAAUAAGAAAGGUUAUAAACAACCCACUCCAAUUCAAAGAAAGACAAUUCCAUUAAUUUUACAAAAAAGAGAUAUUGUUGGUAUGGCACGUACCGGUUCUGGUAAGACAGCUGCCUUUUUAUUACCGAUGAUUGAAAAAUUAAAGACUCAUAGUAGUAAGAUUGGUGUUCGUGGUGUUAUUUUAUCACCAUCAAGAGAAAUUGCUAUUCAAACACAUCGAGUAUUUAAAGAAUUUAGUAAAAAUACGGAAUUAAGAAGUGUAUUACUUACUGGUGGUGAUUCAUUGGAAGAUCAAUUUGGAAUGAUGAUGAGUAAUCCGGAUGUUGUUAUUGCCACACCUGGUCGUUUCUUACAUUUAAAAGUGGAAAUGAAAUUGGAUUUGAAAAGUGUGGAAUAUAUUGUAUUUGAUGAAGCUGAUAGAUUAUUUGAAAUGGGGUUUGAAGAACAAUUGAAUGAAUUAUUGGCUGCAUUACCUGAUAAUAGACAAAGUUUAUUAUUUUCUGCUACUUUACCAAACUCAUUAGUGGAAUUUGCUAAGGCUGGGUUAAAGAAUCCUGUUUUAGUUAAAUUGGAUCAAGAAAGUAAGAUUUCGGAUAAUUUAGAAAUGUUAUUUUUAAGUUGUAAAAAAGAGGAACGUGAAAGUAAUUUAUUAUUUUUAUUACAAGAUGUGAUUGGUGUUCCUGUGGCAAGUACUGAAGAGAUGAAACGAUUCCAAACAGAUAGUAGAGAGGUUGAAGAGAAAGAGGAGAAGGAGAAGGAGAAGGGGAAGGAGAAGGAGAAACGUGCCAAGUAUUACAAGAGUGAUGAAAUUCCUCAUGAACAAGCCACGAUUAUAUUUGUUCCCACGCGUCAUCAUGUUGAAUAUAUUAGUCAAUUAUUAAUGAAAUGUGGGUAUCUGGUAUCGUAUUUGUAUGGUACAUUAGAUCAACAUGCUCGUCGUAAUCAAUUAAGACAAUUUUGUUUUGGUAUCACUAGAAUACUUGUUGUGACGGAUGUUGCUGCUCGUGGUGUGGAUAUCCCAUUGUUACCAAAUGUGAUCAAUUAUUCAUUACCUGGUAGUAGUAAGAUUUUUGUUCAUCGUGUUGGUAGAACUGCUAGAGCUGGUAAUCGUGGUUGGGCAUAUUCAAUUGUUAGUGAAAGUGAAUUACCUUAUUUGGUUGAGUUGGGUACGUUUUUAGGUAAGAAAGUGAUCACGACGGGGAUGGUGGAGAAACUAGGUGUGUCGUUUGAUAAGAUUUCAUAUAACAAAUGGAUGGUGUUGGGUAGUGGUCCUCGUGUUGAUGUGGAAAGUUUUGGAGAUCUUUACAAGAAUGUUUAUGAUCAAGAAUUUGAUUUACAAAUGAGUAAGAAGACAUGUGAAAAGGCUGAGAAGUUGUAUUUGCGUACACGUGGUGGAGCAUCCAAUGAUAGUGUCAAGAGAAGUAAAGAAUUGAUUUUACAGAAAUGGGAUGGUCAGAAUGUGAAAUUUGGUCAAGAUUUGGAACGAGCCAAAUUGGAAUUGUUGAACAAGUUUGCGUUACGUAAGAAUAAAGAGACGGUAUUUGAGUUUGGUAAGAAUGGUGAAGAUGAGAUGAGUACGUUGAUGAAUCGUCGUUGGAAAGUUGUCAAGGGGAUUGAAAGAAAGGCCAAGAGAAGACGUGAGAUGAAGGAGGAGGAGGAAGGUGGUGUGGAAGAGGAGUUGCAAUUUGAGGAGGAGCUGGGGUCUGGGUCGGGGCCGGGGCCAGGGCAGGGGCCGGGGCAAGAUCUUGUGGAUGCCGGUAAUUACAAUGGAGUGUUUGAAGAUGGAGAUGCUAUAUUGAAUGGUCAAACCAAGAAACGCAAGACGUUUAAAGAUGAACGAUUUUUCUUGAGUCAUUAUGCAGACCCGAAGAAAGUGGAGAAUGAAGAAGUUGUUGAUGGGUUUAUUAAUGCUGCGAGUGAAGCUUCGUAUGAUUUGAACAAUGACGAAAAGAUACAGGUGCAUAAACAAAGCAGUGCGACGGUGAAAUGGGAUCGGAAACGUAAAAAGUAUGUUAAUUUGCAAGGGAUUGAUAACAAGAAGUAUAUUAUUGGUGAGAGUGGGAGGAAGAUUCCAGCGACGUUCCGGUCUGGUAAGUAUGAAGAAUGGGCUAAAGCCAGGAAUAUCAACACUCGGAAUGUGAUGAGAGUUGGGGCAAGAGAGAGUGAGGGAAGUGUUGUAGGGGGCGGACGUGGUGGUGGUGGUGGUAGGUUCAAGCAUAAGUUGGAUAAGAAACCGAAGAUGCCUGAUAAGUAUAGGGACGAUUAUAAGAAACAGAAGGAGAAGAACGAGCGUGCUGUGGAGAGAGGAGUGAUGAAGGGUAAGCGCGGGUAUAAGGAUGAGUUGAAGAAUGUAGCGGAGAUUCGGAAAAACAGAGUAGAGAAGGAAAAGAGACGGGCAAAGAAUGGACGGCCCGGACGCGAGCGCCGUUAG